UUCGCAAACGAACCAUCAAUACUUCCUUUCCGGUCAUUUCUUUCCAUACAGCUGCAUUUCACGGGGCUAGGAGAGCAGUAUAACAGCCAUUUAAACGCUGAAUCUGUAAGUCUAGUUUUAAAAGCCUAAUUGGACACCAGCACAAACAUGUCACACACAAUUCUGCUUGUCCAGCCAACUAAGAGACCAGAGGGGCGAACAUAUGCCGACUACGAGUCAGUCAACGAAUGCAUGGAAGGUGUGUGUAAAAUGUACGAAGAGCACCUGAAGAGGAUGAAUCCCAACAGUCCCUCCAUCACUUAUGACAUCAGCCAGCUGUUUGACUUCAUUGACGACUUGGCGGACCUCAGCUGUCUAGUGUACCGGGCGGACACUCAGACGUACCAGCCAUACAACAAAGACUGGAUCAAGGAGAAGAUUUACGUGCUGCUGCGGCGUCAGGCCCAACAAGCUGGGAAGUAGAGGCAGGCAGGAAGGGAGGUAGCUAAGAGGUUGCCCCCAUUGCAUAGAUCUAGGGUCAGUUUGCUCUACCCCAAUCAGAACCCAAACCACUAGGAGGUAAAAAACUGAUUCUGGACCAGUGCAUAGGGGCAACUUCAUCCUUCAUCAGAUGGGGGUAGGGGUGGGCCUUGGUUUUAUUGGUUGGGGUUAUUACUGGGCUGUAUAAAGGGAGGGGGACAGUGGCCCUGUUCGAGUACACACAACACAAAGUGCAUCCUGCCUUCCUUGAGAUAAUCACAGAUCUAGAAGUGAUUGGAUAGAUGAGAGCAAGGUUAUCAACCUAUUGCUUUUGCCAAUCCAACCAGAUCAGAUCAAUGAGUACUCCAAGGAAGGGAGAAAAGUAUAUUGAAGGUAUUCGAACAGGGACUGUGAUCUGGGGGUGGGGAGACAUGACAGUGAUCUAUGGGGUGGGGCUCGGCAGACAAGCCUGUCAUUUGUUUGGGUCUAUUUGUGGGAGGGGCUAGUUGCUUGGUGAAAAUGGUUCUAUUGAACAGAAGGAAAAUGAGCUAAAAACAGGACAACUAUUAAAGUACUAUUUUUCUUUCAGUAUUUUUUUUUAUUUUUGUUGAAGGAAGAGGGAUAUGAGUGUGACUAUUUGCUUUGUUUUUAUACCUGUAAGGGAGAGUUGAAUUGAAACAUGCCACUGAGGGUGACCGAUAAGAGUGUGAUUUGUUCAUUUAAACUGAAAUUCAAAUGUUUUGAUUUAGGGUGAAAUUAAAGUGUCAGUAGAUUCAUCUUC